AUGGCCAGGGCCAGCAGCAGGUGCGGGGCAGAGGGUGCGGGAGGCCGAGAAGCUCGGGAGGAGCGAGAGAGGCGUGAGCGGCUGCAGGGGCGCUGUGUUUAUCGGCCGCUCCAUGAUGGGGAGAAGCCCCACACGUGCGUGGAGUGUGGGAGGAGCUUCAGGUGGAAAGGGGACCUGAUCAGGCACCAGAGGAUCCACACUGGGGAACGGCCCUAUGAGUGUGGGGAGUGUGGCAAGAGCUUCAGCGUGAGCUCCGACCUGAUUGUGCACCAGAGGACCCACACUGGGGAGAAGCCCUAUGAGUGUGGGGAGUGUGGGAAGAGCUUCAGCCAGAGCUCCAGCCUGACUGUGCACCAGAGGACCCACACUGGAGAGAAGCCCUAUGAGUGUGGGGAGUGUGGGAAGAGCUUCAGCCUGAGCUCCAGCCUGAUCAGCCACCAGAGGAUCCACACUGGAGAAAGGCCUUACAAGUGCUCCGAGUGUGGGAUGUGCUUCAGCCAGAGCUCCAGCCUGAUCACGCACCAGAGGACCCACACUGGGGAGAGGCCCUACGAGUGUUCCAAGUGUGGGAAGGGCUUUAAGCAGAACUCCGAUCUCACCAACCACCUGCGCAUCCACACUGGGGAGAGACCCUACGAGUGUGAUAAAUGCAGGAAGAGGUUUCAGACCAGCUCCUGUCUCCUCCGGCACUGUCGGAUUCACAGAGAGGAAAGGCCCUUCCGCUGCCCCAACUGUGGGAAGGGAUUCAAGCGCAACUCCGCCCUCGUCAUUCACCGGCGCAUCCACACUGGGGAGAGGCCCUACGAGUGUCCCCAGUGUGGGAAGAGC